AUGGCGGGUUUUUCGGCGCUGGACGAACAGAUCAACGCCCUCAAUGCCCUGCACAUCGGCGGCGCCAAGACGCUGGAGAGUUUCGCCGACACCUCCAAAGCGAUUGCGGACCGCGCGCGCCGCAUAGCGGCCGACGUGCAGCCGUGGGAGGUGGCGCAGGAGAAUAUCGCGUCCACCAUCAAGGAGAUGUCACGGGCGGCCCGCUGCUAUCACCCUCCGCCCGCACUGCGGCUUGUGCUGGCGCGCAAAGAGAAGAACCCGGAGGUGCUGUGCAAGUGCAUUGACUACUUGGUGUUCACCGACAACUACCUCGCGUCGCACCCAACAAAUCUUUACGCCGACCAGAUUGGGGUGAGCAUCGCGGCCCAGCUGGCAACCAUGGUUGAGGUCGCCGAGGACACCGUGAAGGAGGCGUUUAUUAAAUCUUUGCAAAAGAAGGAGUUGUGGCAAUCGGGCGAGGGCGAGAAACGCGAAGCGGCCACAGCGCCAGCGACGCCAGAAAAGGCGUCUGUGCUCAUUCACGAUAAUUCAGCACUACGCGGGAUUGAUCAAAUUGUGCACAGACUUGGCGAAAACUUCAACCGCAAUGACGUGGUCUCUCUGGAUGUGAAGGAGCUCCUCGCCGAAGGAAUGCUUCGCCUGGUUGAUGCCCUAUGUGGCAGCUCACACAAAGAGGAAGAGAUGCAGCCGUAUGCUAUCCUGCCAGCGCGACACGAAAUUGCGCCUAUGCGGAAGCAUUACCAAAAAGGUUGCCACCGACUCUUGGGUAUAUCUUCAACGGCCCGGCAGAUUGUAAGUGAGGCGGGGGAGUGCCUGCAGCAGUACGUGCUAGAGCCAUUGGACGAUGCCUUUGACGUCGUGGGGAUGCCUGGUGAAUUGGCCACCCUCGUCUUCGAUCGCGUCAUGUCGAAAUGCUUUGCCGCUGUGGAAGUGAACGAUGCGGCUUUAGCAAACCCCACACUGACGUUUGUUCUCUCGCGAGGGGAGGGCGUUGGGCUUGUGGGCGAAACUCACCACUACCGCGAUGCCAUCUUCAUUGGACUAGACUUGCUGGAGGAGUUAUGGAAAUGGAAGAGUCUCGCAGAGAGUCUACCGGGAGAAAACCACGUCUUUAUUGACCAUGUGGAUAGUGAAGUGGAACAGUUUCUGUUUGAGGUGCGAGAUCUAUUGGACGCUUAUGUGACCUGUAAGGGCGCCCUCGACGCGAAGCUUCUCAAGGAGUACACCAACGCGUUGCAUCGUACGGAGUGGGUGCCCUCGCUGGACUGCUCCACCCACGUGUCUGUCACCAAUCAAGUUUACCUGCACAAGGUGAUGCUGACGCACUACUUUGGUGCCUUGAAGUUGGCUCUCCAUGGCACACUGCUCAACACCUCCUCCGAGGUGGAGGCGCUGCAGGAGGUGGAGGACUACAUGAUGCGGUGCGUUUUGGGGACACUGCGGGACCUGGAGGUCAUUGCCGAGGCUGCGCUGGAGCUGCAGAGCGAGACCAUGAAUCAUGCUGGCCGUCGCCGCCAUCGCCGGCAGGCGUUGUCCUUCUCGCCGUCGCGGGUGCAGCGGUAUUCCUCGGAGCGAGGCCAUGUCAUUUCGCCAGAUAUAUUUUUGCUGAACAAUAUCCUCUUUUUGGUUGGAAGUUAUCGCAAGGAGGCCUGCUUUCAUCAACGUCGACUUCCCACAGACGACCCCGAAAGCUCCAGGCAAAAGUCCACGGCAGAACUGCCGUCUGUGCCAAUUGUUGCUAACAUCAUCGCCGUAUUAGAAGAUGAAAAGGGACGGUAUGUGGACGAGUUUGCGGCUUCGUGGGCUGAGUGCUUUCCGGCCGUAAGCGGCAAUCCAUGUCUGGCAAGCAUCACCACGGAGAGUGGUGAGUUGCGGAAGGCGCAACGCAUGGCAGUGAAGCAUUGGUACAAGGCUGUGGCUGACGCUUUGGCCGAAAGGAUAUACGCCUGCCGCACCUUUGCAGUUCUUGACAAGUCACAGCGGAAUCUCCUCAUUGAGGCCUCUGUGGCCGCGGUGCGAAAUGGGUUUGCCACGUUUGAAGCAAGGCUAGGAGGGCGAGCCUGGUCGACGCGGCCCAUGAAAUGGAUGAGGCAGGGAGUGGAGCAAUGGGCAGAGGAAUUAAGUAAAGCUUUCUAA